AUGGAUGAUCCGCUAAGCCGAGGCAGCUCCUUCAGCCCUUCGGAGUCCUUCGAGCUCACCGCGCUCCAGUACGCCUGCAAGAAGGGCGUGCUCGAGGAGGUGAAGUAUCUCAUUGACAGUGGGGCUGAGCUGGACACAGGACCUGAUCCUGCUCUGCAUCUAGCCCUCAGGAAGGGCUACUCAUCUAUUGCAUUGACACUGCUUCAGGCUGGGGCUGAGUAUGAAGUUAGAGACUCUCAUGGUGAUUACCCAAUUCACAUUGCAUGCUCACAUGGUUUACUCAGCAUUGUACAUACUUUAUGUACACUGGGCUGCAAUGUUGAAGUGCAGACCAUCAAAGGGCUGUUCCCUUUGCAUUUGGCCGCAAAAUACGGACAUAUUCAGAUAGUACGUUGUCUCUGCUCAUCUGGGUGUAACAUCGACGUGAAAAACGCAGACAACAUACGAGCGGACAUCACCGCGCUGAAAUACGGGCACAAUGACAUUGCCGAGCUGCUGGAUAGACUGAGGGCGACUGGAAAUCGCGAUUUGUAUGCGCGACAACUGGUGCCCACUUCGAAGCCGGCCAUCCGGCUUUCUUUGCGACUGCUGGGGAACUGCGCCGCUGGCAAAACGUCGUUGUUUAAGUCGCUGGGCGCUGGUUUGUUUAGUGCUUUGUUUCGUAGAUCCAGUUCGCUUCAAAGUAACAAAUCGCGUCCAUCGUCGCCGCUUCACACUCACAUCGAAAUGGACUUGACAUCCAGGCAAAAUUCGUUAAACUUUGAGUCAUCUGGGAAUCAUAACUGCACGAAUGGUAUCAGCGUACAGAAUGUUGAUAUCUCAAAUGUUGGAAUCGUCACAGUAUGGGAAUUUUCCGGCCAAGAAAACUACUUCCCCACAUAUCACAAUUUCCUAUACCCAAAUCCUUACUCGAUGACAGCGAUUCUCUUCAAUCUCGAAGAACCUCCGAGCGUUCAAGUGAAACAAGUCUCCUUCUGGCUGAAUUUCCUCUGUGCUCGUCAACAAGCCGACUUACCAACAUGUGAAUAUGGCAAGAUUAUUUUAAUAGCAACGCAUGUGGAUGCGACGCGUUCAGUCAAGAACCAGCAAGGCGAGUGGAUCAGCUCCGAUGCGCAGAAAACCACCGAAACGAUUAUGAAGCUCUUCCCGCACGUGUCGAAUCUGUCAAAGGAUACAAUCGUCAUGGACUGCAACGUGCCGGCAUCGUACGCCUUCAAGCAAUUGAAGACUUUGCUGUGCGCCAUUAAGCAGGACUGCAUUCGCGGCUCGGUGCUAGAUAAUUUUAUAAGGCAAGGUACGCAGGCUGGAUAUGAUUUGUUAACGACGCCUUGCCCAAAGCAAACGAUAGGAUCGUGGACGGGAUUACUCGAAGCGAGUUUGCUGUGGUUGGCGACCCUGCAGAAGCAGUACGAGCAGUUUCCAGUGCUCAACCGGAAGACGUUUUCGGCGUUACUGCGGACCCAGGUGAAUCUGCUCACCUCCGAUGAGCAUAUCUACGAACUGCUCCAGCAGCUGCAUGCGAUGGGGGAGGUGCAUUGUGUGCACAACUUGAUUGUCCUGAACGUCAACUGGCUCGGCAGCAAUUUAAUCGGAGAGUUAUUGUCGAUGCGGUUUUUGGAGCAUGCGAGGGUGACGGGGGUUUACACUGCGGAGGAUUUUCAAGCUUGUUUUAAUCAAUGUGAUGCCAUUGCUGUGCUUGAGUUGCUGGAGGCUUUAGAUUUAUGUAUUCCGUGUGAGGUUGAAGAGGAUAUCGAAUAUGAGUUUCCCAUGUACAAUUUGACUGAGACGCUCGCAGGAUUAUGGGAUCCUGACGAUCCGCGCUACGCCAACGACGACUGUUGUUACGGAGGAGUUCGUUUUCGGACUGCCCCGAACGUACUGCAUAUCUUCAACGCUGUUUUCUGCUAUAUUCAGGUGGAAAUGCGUAAAUUAGCCCUAGAAUAUUCCGACAGUGACAUCGACUUAUACCAGUGGUUCAAAGGCUCGAAAUUCUGCACAGUUUCAUUGGAAACACUAGUCACCCUCGUCGAGGACGACGAUGGGGAUGAAUACAUCGAAGUGAAAAUUCGCGGACCAAGACAAAGCUCAAAAUAUUGUUUUUACUUUUUUGAACAGAUCAUUGCGACCAUUUCACAAGCAAUUUAUAAUGUGUGCCCUGGUGUUCUCUACGAGCGUCGAAUUUUAAGCACGAACCAAUUACGAGCGCACGACAACAAUGUCCAUGAAUACGACGCACAUAUCGUCACAUCCGCCAUGUUGGAGAGCGAGUCCAUCUUGGACGUCGCUUUUCGUAACCAAAUCACUGACCAGCAGGAAAGUCUGGUUCAAUUGGUUCUUUUCGAUAAUCCAGAUUUAAUCUGUAAUAUUCAAUGGGGAUGUGCAUUGAAAGUAAACGAACUGCCAGCGCCGGUGAAACUGAAGCUCUGUGGGAUGUUAGACCCGCCAGAGUCGCAUGGCCGCGACUGGUGUCUGUUGGCUUUGCGUCUUGGCUUGUCACAGGAAAGAAUCGCCGCGCUGGAUACACAACACACCAGUUGUACGAUGCGAUUGCUCUCCAUUGCUAACUGCACCAUUGGUGCGCUUGUCUCCAGUCUGUACGAGAUUGACCGUAAGGACGCGGCAAUGGCCGUCCUGCAACUCUCUCCAAUACACAAGAUCAUCGCCAGCGAUGAGCCGCUCUAGAUCGUUCUUAACUUACAUCCUACGAAUACACGUGUACCACGAUACGUAAUUUACAUCUACAUCAACACUUUACACUUGCAUUUUUUACACUUGUAUUGAUUCCAUGUUGAUUCCGAAGUGAAAACACCGUCCACUUUAAUCGUUCGCUUUAAUCGUUAAAUGUAUGAGAGUUUUUCUUACGUUUCUGUUAUCAUUCUUGUUCUGAUUUUAUCAAAUUAUUUAUUACUAUGCAAUUGUUCUUAUGAUGGAUCCUAGAAUACUUCUAGCUGAAUUUGUAUUUACUAGAUUGUGUCUCACUUUAAAUGCUAGUCGAUAAUGCAAUUUGCGCUGAGGGGAAACUAAUUGAAUUGCAGCAGGGACUCAGUAUUGUACAAAUGUGAUAAAAAUAUUUCUACAAUUGUGAAUAUGACUACUGAUCUAGUGAUAAGUGAUACUUGGUAGAUUAUACAAACAUUUGCAUGCAUCACUUUUAUCUAUUGUCGGGGAGAGCGAAUAAAAUUCAAAUUUUACUCA